GAGUGACUGUUGAUUGAAUCUGAGACAUGGACUAAUUGCCGUACGUGGUGGACAUAAUGGGACAGUAAAUAAAAUCAAGGGCAAGUCAAAUACUCAAAUGGCAACUUGGCAAGACGCAAGCCACAGCCUCAAAAGCUCUCGAUCGAGAGACCAAUUAGCCGACCAUUUAUUUCCUCGUGCUCACCAGCCACCACAACAAUGGCGGGGGCGGCGGCGUUCAUGGACGGCGAGCUCGGGACCCUCGUGAAGGCAUCGGCGGCGGUCUGGGCGGCCAUGGCUUACGCCCGCAUGGCCGCCGCGGACAUCCGCCCAGGCUCGGGCCGCCUCCUGGCGCUUCUCCCCGUCGUCGUGCUCUUCUACGGUAUCCCUUUCGCCUUCUCCUCCACCACGUUCCGCGGCAGCUCCGCCUUCUUCCUCUGCUGGCUCGGCACCUUCAAGCUCCUCCUCCUCGCCGCCGGCCGCGGGCCCCUGGCAGACCCGUCCCUCCCCUUGCUCCACUUCGCCUGCUCCGCCGCCCUCCCCGUCAAGCUCCGGCAGCCGCCGCCCAAAUCAAAGCUGAAGCAAGAUCCCCCUUCCGCCCCUGCCGCUGCUUAUAAGAUCCUCGUCUCCGGCGCCGUGAUCCCCUUAAUCAUCUACGGGUACCAGUUCAAGGAUUCCAUGAGCCAUUGGCAGCUCCUGGCCAUGUACGCCGCGCACAUCUACUUCUCCCUGGAGCUCCUCCUGGCCGCCGUCCGCAUCCUGAUCCACGGUGCGCUGGGGAUGGAGAUGGAGCCGCAGGUGGACCGGCCGUACCUGGCGUCGUCGCUGCGGGACUUCUGGGGCCGGCGGUGGAACCUCAUGGUGCCGGCGAUCCUCCGCCCUUCCGUCUACAACCCCGUGCGCGCUUGCUUCGGCGACGCGGCCGGCGUCAUGGUGUCGUUCCUAGUUUCGGGACUCAUGCACGAGGUGAUCUUCUACUACAUCAUGUGGCGGCCGCCCAGCGGCGACGUGACGGGGUUCUUCGUGCUCCAUGGGGUCUGCACGGCGGCGGAGGCGUGGUGGGGAAGGCAGGCCGGGUGGUGGCGGCCGCCGCGGGCGCUCGCGGUGCCGCUCACGCUGGCGUUCGUGGGCGGCACGGGGUUCUGGCUCUUCUUCCCGGCGAUGAUUAAUGGGGGUUUGGAUGAGCUUGUGAUGCAGGAGUGCCAGGGCUUGUUGGUGCUCAUGGAGCAGGCCGGCCGGCGGCUCGCCGGCGCCGGCGCCAAAUGAGGCUGUCUGUCUGUAUGAUCUGUGUUGUGGUCGCCGGAUCUUGAAAAGAUGUGCUGCUGAUGCUGGCUUUUUGUGAUUGAUACUCGUUAGGAAUUAAAUACUCCUCAGAUCUCGAAUC